AUGCGGCAAGCCCCCCGCACCUCCCUACAGGGCGUCAGGGUGUCGAUCCGCCACGAGGCGCUGCUGCCCUACGAGGCGCGGAGCACCGGCGUCAAGUACGGCGGCAGGAACAGCUGGUUCACCAUUGGGGGGCGUCCGACCCAGGGCCUGGGCCCCAAGUCGAAGCCGAUGAAGCCUUGGAAGUACCAGCUUGGGCGGUACAAGGGCCAGAAGCGAAAGUGGUGA